UAACUGCGCGGUCCCGGAGCGGUCGGUGGCGAGAGAUGGCGACCUCCGUGCUGCUAGAGCGGUGCGUUUGAAACCUUCCCGGUUCCACUGGCGUGUUUCCCGGCAGAGAGAGCGGGCCAGAGUGCACUGAUAGUCCGGGCCGAGGGGCGUGUGACCGCGGCCCGCUGUCAGCACCAUCAUGGCGCACUGGAGCACGUUCGAGAAGGAGACGGAGAGGGAGACGAAGCGGCUGGUCGGCCAGCUCAGCGGGAUCCGCGACGAGGAGGACCCGAACUUCCAGCUGGCUCUCAAGUUCGCCUGGUCCAACUUUAAGUUUCACCGGUACCUGGACGUGGACGGUCACCGGGUGGAGCGGAGCGUCCGCGGAAUCUACGAAAAGCUCAUGGUGCACUCAGACCUGCAGAAAGCAGAAAGCUGGAUGAGACUGACUGAAGAAUUCCUGAACUCACCUUUACCAAACACAGAUGGAAAAAAGACUGAUGCUCACUACAGCGUCCUGUCGCUGCUGCUCUGCUUAUCGGGAUCGCCCUCGAACACCGACUUCACCGAGAGACCCAGACUGAAGGAGGCCGAACCAGAGGACAAGUUUAACUGGGCUAAAUAUCUGAUGGAGGGUGAGGACGUAAACAUCGGGCCGUACCCAGAUACACCUGAGUGGUCUGAGGAGGAGAGCGACGACGAUGACAGUCAGCAGCCAAUCAGCAGAGAGGACUCUGGGAUCCAGUUGGACAGAACACCUCAGGAGGACCAGGACAACCCCAGCAAGACAGUUCCAGUCACCUGGACAGUGGGGGAGCCUGACGCUCGGGCCUGGCUGGAACAGCAUGUGGUGACCCCGUACUGGGUGCCUCAUGCGCCUCGUUUUCCUCACAGCCUGCAUUUACACUCCAACUUACUCAAUGUUUGGGAUCAGCACUUGUAUAACACGGAUCCGCUGUAUCUGCCAGAAGAAAAGGCCUUUGUCACAGAGACUCAAGUAAUACGAGAAACAUUGUGGCUUCUGUCUGGGGUUAAGAAACACUUCAUAUUCCAGCACCACGAUGGAAAAGUGUCAGUAAGAAAUAACGUGGUGGUAACUCAUCUGACCAGCAACUGCCUGCGCUCUGUGCUCGAGCAUAUCGCCGUCUACGGUCAGUCUGUUUUCAGGCUGCAGAGGUUCAUCGACGAGGUGACGGGUUACAGCUCGGAGCCGUGCCCGCCUGGCUCCGGGGCCUCCUACAGCUCCAAGAAGGGCUCCGACCCUCCCUUCAGGACCUACCAGGCCUUUGUGUGGGCGCUCAACAAGUACUUCACAGGCUUCAAAGAGGAGCUGACCACAAUUGAGAGAGAGCUCAUACGCAAUGAUGAGACGGUGACUCUGUCUGCGGUUUUGGAGCGACUCAGCCCUCACCUGGCUAAGCUCAAAGUGCUGCACAGAGUCUUCUGCACGGGCAUCGCUGAAGUCCCGCCUGCCACCCCGAACGUGGUGCGGGCAUCUCACCUGCUCAACACCCUCUACAAGGCGAUCAUCGAGUAUGACAGCGUCGGCGAAGCAUCGGAGCACGCGGUGGCGCUGUUAUUUUCUCUGUGGACGGAGACGGUCCGACCAUAUUUAGAGAUCGUGGAUGAAUGGAUCGUUCACGGACAUCUGUUUGAUCCCGCCAAAGAAUUCAUUAUCCAAAGAAACAAAGACGUGCCAGUGAAUCACAGGGACUUCUGGUACGCCACCUACACGCUGUACAGUGUGUCGGAGACGGUGGAGAACGAGGAGAAGCUGAACGACGCGGCCAGCGGGAGCUCCGGAGGGGAUCAGGGCUCCAGCAGCAGGCAGCUCACCAUGGUGUCCUUCCUCAAACCUGUCCUCAAGCAGAUCAUCAUGGCCGGGAAGUCCAUGCAGCUGCUCAAAAAUCUGGACUGCAAGGAGGACGAGAAAUCAGAGAGGUCUUCCAGAGAUGCAGAGAGGAAGAGUUUGUACACGCUGUUUCUGGAGUCGGUGCAGUCGCGCCUCUGCAGCCAAGAGGAGUCUCCGUCAGACGCAGUGACGGAGCAGCAGGCCACCAGGAGGAGUCUGAUAAAGAUGCAGUCCAUCAUGGCACAACACCUGGAGAUCGAUGACGUCCAUGAUCCGCUGCUGGCCAUCAACUUUGCCAGGCUGUACUUGGAGCAGAGUGACUUCCAGGAGUGUUUCUCUGGAGGGGAUUUCAGCGUGGACCGCUCGUCUCAGUCUGUCACCUGCCAGACGUUCGAGCUCACGCUGCGUUCCUGCCUCUACCCGCACAUCGAGAGGAGGUACAUCGAAUGCUGCGGAAACCUGAUGAAGACUCUGAAGAAGGACUACAAGCUGCUGGAAUACCUCCAAGCUAUGAGGAACUACUUCCUGCUGGAAGCUGGAGACACCAUGUACGACUUUUACACGGCCAUCUUUGAGAAGGUGCAGGAGAAGGAGAGCUGGCAGCAGCCAUCUUUUCUGAACGUGCAGCUGCAGGAGGCGGUCGGACAGCGCUACCCGGAGGAUAGCAGCAGGUUGUCUGUGUUUUUGGAGCCCAUUGACCCUUCCAGGAAAAAACACCCUGUGAAUAACCUGGAAGUCCUCACCCUGAGUUACAAGGUCCCCUGGCCCGUCGACAUCGUGAUCAGCUCCGAGUGUCAGAAGAUCUACAACCAAGUGUUCCUCCUCCUGCUGCAGAUCAAAUGGGCCAAGUACAGUUUGGACACUCUUCGAUUCAGCGAUUUUACAGACAUCACUAAGAAGCUGGAGGGCGCUGUGGCCGAGGAAGUGAAGGUCAAAGAGCCCAUAAACCAGCAGAUCCACAGAAUGUGUCUGCUGAGGGUUAAACUGAUGCACUUCGUCAACAGUCUUCACAACUACAUCAUGACGAGGAUUCUUCACAGCACCGGACUCGAGUUUCAGCACCAAGUACAGGAAGCGAAGGACUUGGAUCAGCUCAUCAAGAUCCAUUACCGAUACCUGGCCACGAUCCACGACCGCUGCCUGCUGAGGGAGAAGGUCAGUUUUGUGAAGGAGGCGAUAAUGAAGGUUCUCAAUCUCGUCCUCAUCUUCUCGGAUCGAUGGCAAGCUGGAUUUGGAGCCUGGAAGAUCGAGUCCAUCGAUAAAAUGGAGUCGGAUUUCAAAAACUGUCACAUGUUCCUCGUGACUAUCCUCAAUAAGGCGGUGUGUCGGGGCUCCUUCCCUCACUUGGAGUCUCUGGCCCUGUCUCUGAUGGCAGGAUUCGAGCAGUGCUGAGGAGCCGUGGACUGAAGCCGUCUGCCAGAGAUGGACUCGGGCUGGCCUGCAGCUUCUCAACAAACAUCAGCUUCUGUAUUUAAAAAAUGUGAAUUUUUGUAUUUUUUAUGAAUUUGAUGUCAGUAAUGUGUGUGUGUGUAUAAGGCAGAAUAACUGUCACAUGAUGAUGUAGAUCAAUGCUGUCAUUCAAUUUACAUUUAGAAUUGCUUGAUCAUAUUUAAUAUUAGCAUUGAUGGUGCAGUGAGCUGAUUAAACUAACAGGUAAACGUGUGACCUGAGGAGGUCCUUGAAGGUCGUGGGGGGUGCUGCACUUCUCUGUGGAGUCAGACUGGGUUUAAAUAAAUGUCUCCCUCUGGGUGCAUCUGCCAGGAUGUACCAGAGACUUUAUAAAAUGCCUGUUUUGAUAUUCACUGCAUGGCAAUGUGACCUGAUUUGGAACAUUAAAAAGACGCCUCGUUAUUUA